CAUCCCAUCUCAUCCCAUCCCUUCAGUCAGUGCUACCAUCCGAUAAAUACGCUGCGCAGUUUUAGGGACACCUGAAAAGCUCAACUGAACUCUUGGAGGGACGGGUCGUAGUUGAUCCGUGAUCUAUAAGGGAAAGCAAAACUCAAAAAUGCCUGGAAACCUCCUAAAAAAUCCAAAUGCAGAUGAGGAUUUUGAGCACUGGGAGAUGAUAGAGAACGGUGGAGAUGAAUGGCAUAUUGAAGAGAUGUCAGGACCUGCCUUCAGUGAUGAUUCAGUGACUAAAUAUUUCUGCACAUCAUUUGAGCCGUGUCUAAAAAGACAAGUGAUUGAUCUGCUGGAAAAUGGUUACGACCCUGAAAAUUUAGAUUUUGCGCAGCCUGCGGUGACUGUGACAGACUGGUACAGUAGACAACCAGACUGUGGGUGCAUUUAUAAACUUUCUGUGGCACUGCUCGAUGAUAAACAAGACGUCAUUGCUGAAUUUAGCCCAGAUGAUGUGACUUUAGACCCUGAUACGGAUGACUGCUCUUGGAAACAGGUGACGCACACAUUUACAGAAUAUGGUCCUGGUCUACGUUUCAUCUUUUUUGAACAUGGUGGUCAAGACACCAAAUAUUGGAAAGGCUGGUUUGGUGUGAGAGUCACUGGAAGUUCUGUCACCAUAGACGUUUAAAGACCAACACUAAUGAGAUUAAAUAUUACUGAUUAAUCAGCACUUUGCUUUUUAGAUGUAUUAAAUGCAUAUUCAAAUAAAGCAGUAUUUCUCAAACUUU